AUGACCUCGACAAAAGAUGUAUCGUUUCCUGAUUUGGAAGACCUGCUUCCAAAAGCACCUCCAGAGGAUGACACACUGGCUCUGAAACUUCGGGAGGAAGCGAGAGCUGUUCUUUUAGAAAAGAAGAACUUUGACCUUUUGGACAAUGAUGAACUAGCUGCUCUCUGGAACCUUUUAGAGAAACAUAAGUCUCCUUUGUCAGUGGACGGCAAGGUCUACCUUACUUACGCCCAGUUUCUCAAUGCAGGGAAAGAGGCAUGCCCAAAAGCCGCGCAAGUUACAGCUCAGAUGCGAUUAUUUCCUCAGCGUUACUUUACAGCUACUGUGUUUGCAAAACUGUGCCGUGGUGAUCGGUUAUCUCGAGUAAACAUUCUUACCCUCUUCAAUUACGCGAUGAAGACAAUUUGGCUGCAACAAACGAGGAUUGGUAUAUCAUUAUAUGACGUCACUGGUGACGGUUACCUUCGGGAAUCCGAUCUUGAAAAUUACAUUUGUGAGCUUAUUCCUUCGCUCACGAAGCUUCGUGGAGUUGACAGUGCCUUCAAGACAUUCUAUGUGUGUACAGCAACUCGAAAGUUCUUCUUUUUCCUUGACCCUUUGCGCGCUGGUCGUGUGCGAAUCAGCGACAUUCUUGCCAGUGGUUAUCUCGACGCGAUGCUGGAACUGCGAGAAACCAACAUUACCUUGGAACAACUCGAAGCAAACUGGUUUUCUUUUGAAUCCGCAAAGCGCGUAUACGCCAGCUACCUGCACUUGGACGACGAUCGGAACGGGAUGCUUUCACGACAAGAACUUUCCGGGUAUAACAACGGAACCUUAACCGACGCCUUUCUUGAUCGAGUCUUUCAGGAGUGCCUUACUUACGAAGGCGAAAUGGACUACAAGGCAUACUUAGACUUUGUCCUUGCUAUGGAGAAUCGCCACGAACCGCAAGCCAUUAUCUUCCUCUUUCGCAUCCUCGACCUCGGUGGUCAGGGGCGUCUAUGCAGUCGGACGCUUGAGUACUUCUUCUCUGCCGUCGAGGAGCGCCUGGGCCCGAGCCCGGACGUGCCCAGGUCGUGUGACGUCUUGAAUGAGAUCUUUGAUAUGGUCAAGCCUCGCCAUCCCGACUACAUCACUCUCGAUGACCUCCUUCGGUCAGGCAAAGGCGAUACCGUCUUGAGCAUACUCUUCGACAUUCAAGCCUUCUUCAUGUACGAAAACCGAGAAGCCCUGGCCGCUGGUGCGGGCGGCGAAACCGUUAUUUGA